ACCGUCAGAGCGAAGGGGCCAGGCGGGUUCUUCUGCGCAGGCGUCCCCGGUGUCCCGACGCCAGGCUGUCUGCAGGCUGGGGCGGGAGCUGGUACCCCUGCGGAUCUCUGGCUGGCUACGUAGGUUCCCGAAUGGGGUGGGAAAGGCCUCAGGCCCAACGGCCUGGUGGAAUGAAGAGAGGAUCUGCUGCCUUGCGGGAUGGGGUCGGACGGCUCCCUUGCCCCCAUCCUGGGUCUUCUUGAGCGACGAGGUUUGAUUUCACCAGAGCAAGGCCAUAGGCAAACUGCCAUCGGGAGCCGGCGGCCGACCCUGAAGGGGUGGAGCCAGUGUUUUGGAAUGCACCAACUUGUUAAGAGAGGACUGAAGUGUUUAAUAGGCAUUUAUUGAAUGCCCACUACUCCCAGGCUUCGUGCGAGGAGCUGUGGGGGAUGCGGUGAUUAGACACUGCUGUCCCAUAUUCUCCUGUUUGGAGGACAGAUUUGUAUAUAAAUAAUAAAAGGCAGUGAAUUAAGGGGAGUUGAAGGUUAGUUUUUUCCUUUAAAAAUGGCCAUUUUUUUAAUUAAGUCAGCAUUCUGGCAUAGUGAAGGGUACUAUGGAAACUAAUUUUCUGAACAGAAGACAAAUCCUAAAUAAUUUGGAGGAAAAAAUUUAGGUGAAAGCACAGUAAAGUCUUGAUUCCUAAGUAGUAGUCUCUGACUCUAGUUAACUUGAGUAGAAGAAACUCUUCACCUUCAAAAAUUGAAGCAAAAAUAUUCCAAAGCAUGUUCUCUUAUUUUUCACUUGUAUUAAGACGUUACAGGCUUUUCUUUAGAAGUUGAAGAGAAUGCUGUGCCUUAGUCAUUACUGGUAAUUUGUUGUGCUAGUAUGGGCUGUUGUGCCUUAGAUGUAAAAGGCUGGGUAGAACUUGCUUUUCAUUUGCCUAAACUCUUGUGAUAUCUGUGGUGACGGUGGUUGGCAGUAAGCUAAUAGUUCAGAGGGAAAAGACCAGAUGGGAAGAAGAGAAGGAUUUUAGAGAAAAGCCCCUAAGCCAAAGGAAACCGUUCACUGUUCCUUUUAACCCUUCUGGAAAUCUCAUCAAAUUUGGGAAGAUUGACCUGGCCACCACAGCCAGCUUGGUGACCUUACAGAAUCAUGGAUUUUCCUGGUCACUUUGAACAAAUCUUCCAGCAGCUGAACUACCAGAGACUUCAUGGCCAGCUCUGUGAUUGUGUCAUUGUGGUAGGGAAUAGACACUUUAAAGCCCACCGCUCCGUGCUGGCGGCAUGCAGCACGCAUUUCCGAGCCCUGUUCUCAGUGGCAGAAGGAGAUCAGACCAUGAACAUGAUCCAGCUGGAUAGCGAGGUGGUGACAGCAGAGGCCUUUGCUGCACUGAUUGACAUGAUGUAUACCUCCACCCUCAUGCUGGGGGAGAGCAAUGUUAUGGAUGUCUUAUUGGCAGCCUCUCACCUGCAUUUGAACUCUGUUGUUAAGGCAUGUAAACAUUACUUAACGACAAGGACGCUGCCCAUGUCUCCCCCCAGUGAGCGCGUUCAGGAGCAGAGUGCCCGCAUGCAGCGCUCCUUUAUGCUACAGCAGCUGGGACUAAGUAUUGUGAGCUCAGCCCUCAAUUCCAGCCAGAAUGGCGAGGAGCAGCCAGCCCCCAUGAGCUCUUCCAUGCGCAAUAACCUGGAUCAGCGCACGCCCUUCCCCAUGAGACGCCUGCAUAAGCGCAAGCAGUCUGCAGAAGAGCGGGCCAGGCAGCGCCUCCGACCCUCCAUGGAUGAGUCUGCCAUUUCAGAUGUUACACCGGAGAAUGGGCCUUCAGGGGUUCAUUCUCGGGAGGAGUUCUUUUCACCAGAUUCUCUGAAAAUUGUGGAUAAUCCUAAAGCUGAUGGAAUGACUGAUAACCAGGAAGACAGUGCGAUCAUGUUUGAUCAGUCUUUUGGCACUCAAGAAGAUGCCCAGGUGCCCAGCCAGUCUGAUAACAGUGCUGGCAACAUGGCACAGUUGUCCAUGGCCUCUCGGGCAACUCAGGUUGAGACUAGUUUUGAUCAGGAAGCUGCAACUGAGAAAAGUAGUUUUCAGUGUGAAAAUCCUGAGGUUGGCCUUGGUGAGAAGGAGCACAUGAGAGUGGUGGUUAAAUCUGAGCCCCUGAGCUCGCCUGAGCCUCAGGAUGAAGUGAGCGAUGUGACCUCACAAGCAGAAGGCAGCGAGUCUGUAGAAGUGGAAGGAGUUGUGGUCAGUGCCGAGAAGAUAGACCUCAGCCCUGAAAGCAGUGAUCGGAGUUUUUCAGAUCCCCAGUCUAGCACAGACAGGGUAGGUGAUAUCCACAUUUUGGAGGUCACAAAUAACCUAGAGCAUAAGUCCACUUUUAGUAUUUCAAAUUUUCUUAACAAGAGCAGAGGAAAUAACUUUACUGCAAAUCAGAACAAUGAUGAUAAUAUCCCAAACACCACUAGUGACUGCAGGCUGGAGAGUGAGGCCCCCUAUUUGUUGAGUCCAGAGGCUGGGCCUGCAGGUGGGCCCUCCUCUGCCCCUGGCUCCCAUGUAGAGAACCCAUUUAGUGAACCUGCAGACUCCCACUUUGUCAGACCUAUGCAGGAGGUGAUGGGCCUGCCGUGUGUGCAGACUUCAGGCUACCAAGGAGGAGAACAGUUUGGGAUGGACUUUUCCAGGUCUGGUUUGGGCCUCCACUCCUCCUUCUCCAGGGUAAUGAUAGGUUCCCCAAGGGGAGGAGCCAGUAACUUUCCAUACUAUCGCCGCAUAGCUCCCAAAAUGCCAGUUGUAACUUCUGUCAGGAGCUCACAGAUCCCAGAAAACUCUGCCAGUUCCCAGCUAAUGAUGAAUGGAGCUACAUCCUCAUUUGAAAAUGGCCAUCCUUCCCAGCCUGGCCCUCCACAAUUGACCAGAGCAUCUGCAGAUGUUCUGUCAAAGUGCAAGAAGGCCUUAUCAGAGCACAAUGUUUUGGUUGUAGAGGGAGCUCGCAAGUAUGCCUGCAAAAUCUGCUGCAAAACUUUUCUGACUUUGACAGAUUGCAAGAAACACAUCCGUGUUCAUACAGGUGAAAAGCCCUACGCCUGCCUGAAGUGUGGCAAGAGGUUUAGUCAGUCCAGCCACCUGUAUAAGCACUCAAAGACUACCUGCCUGCGCUGGCAGAGCAGCAAUCUUCCCAGCACUUUGCUCUAGCUGUUUGUCCUUUCAAGACAACGCUGCGGCCAGUUGUCGGACUGAAUUUCUUUUGGUAAGCAGUUAAUGCCUUUGGGUUCGAGGCUUCUAGCUGCCCAGUGGCUCUUAAACAGUUUAGCAACUAAUAACUGGAGAACUAACAUGUAGUAGUUGUGCUGCUGCAUUUCUGAAUCAAGUGCACAUCUUGGGAAAGGGAUGCAAUCCCUGAAACCAGGUUCUUCCUUAGGGUUGAGUAAUGCAGUCAGAAAGUAGUUUGUAAUUGAUGUUGAGAGUGGCACAUUUAAAAAUUUUAAAGUUGAAGUGCAAAAAAAAUUUUCUAGCAAUUUUUGUAAAACUGUGUAGCAUUUAAAUUUCCUAUACCUUCUGAUGGGAAAUUAUAUCCCUGUACAGUGAUGCAAAAUGCACUUAUGUGUAACCAGUGGUGAUUUGGUGCCUGUCUUAAAGGAAGGCCUUUGAGGACACGCCUGUCUGCCACAAAUGCUUUAAAGUGUAUCCUGAGCUAGUCCUAGGCCUCAGAAAGUACUGUAUUUUUUAUUUUUACCUGAUUUGCAGUCACACACACUGCACUUUGGUGCUGACACUGGGUCCAGAGUGAGCAUUCUCUUGGACUAUUAGGUGUAUAUACUUUUGAAUACAUCACUGUUGGAUAGAUGUUUUAACAGUUUUUUCUGGUUUAAAAACCAAAUUGUAAAUGGAGUAUGUACUUGUAGAGAGUGACAAGGUAUUGUUUCCGUAUGUGCUGUUUGAGCAGUAUUUUAACCAACUUGUAUUACAGAUGUUACAGUUCUAUGUUAGGAAGUCAGAAGAGAGCUUGUGUUUGUCUUUGUUCUGAUGACGUGGAGUCGUUUUGUGGGGUCUUCCAUGGCACCUUUACCCAUUGCUCCAUCCAGAUGCUGAGGGCCAGUCUAAGCUGACACAUCCUACCCGAGGACAAGCCUGUUGUCCACUUCAUUUCUUCACUCUUCCCUCCCCAUAUAGCAGCUCUCCCAGGUUGAAUUACUGUUUUCGAUGACAAAUUAACCAAAAAUGCCCCCACACGGGUUUUAUUACUGUUACAUACUAUACUUUAACAGUACAGACCCUAAUUUUAUUAUUUGUUGCUCCCCCAAUCUGAUACCAAAUGUUUGUUUGAAAUCCAAACAUGGUAGUGCAUGGGUAAAUAUUUUCUAGCCUGUUUAAGAGUUGACAGCCCAUAGCAUAGAAGUAAUCAAGUAGCAUCUGAGACUAUUGGAGGCACUCGGGUCACUGCCCAGGUCCUCUCUGGGCCCUGCAUCCUCACUUCCCCAGCCUCACCUUGCUGUCCUCUGGCACUGUGCCAUCGGGGCUGUUAGUGGCACCUGUGUGAGGCCAAGUGUGCGUCCAGGGGAACAGCACAGGUUAAUGCAUCUCCCUAGGACUCAUGAAGUCAGUUUAAUUCAUGCACGAACAUGAGUUUAUUUUAUGUUUUAUAUGCUUUCUUAGAGAUACCAAACCAUCAUGCAUAAUUCAGAUAAAUUAUUCAGUUUUUGUGUUUAGAAAGCUAAGUCUGUGUAGCUGGAAACAAAAAUAAGCGUGUUUUCUCUCCUGUUAGAGUAUGCAGUUACACAUCUGUGGAUAAUUUCAUGUUCCAGCAGGGCUUGGCAUCUCCCAUGGACUAAUUACCAGGAAGAAAAGCCCAAAGGGAAACCCGCAAUUCCUUUCGAGUAGACGUGGGAAAGAGCCUGUUGGAGGAUAUGGGGUCCUGUGAAAUUCAGUUGUGUGUGUGGCUCCUUGUUAGCAGUCAUGUUGACAUAGUAUUAGGAGGCUCCCCAUCCACCCUUUACGUGAUGUAGGGACCAGUGUCUUGUGAGAUUAACCUUGGGACACAGUGGGUUAGCCUGGAGAAAACAAGAGGCCCCACCUGGACCCAGGGAGAGGAGCCAGUGACACAGGGAGAGCGGUGCAGCCCUCCUUCCCUUCCCUGUGGAGGAGGUGGUGCCAGGAGCCUGCCCGCUCACCUCUGCUGAAGCAUAAGUGGACUUUGCUUUUGGGGCUUCUCUCUGAUACAUGCUGAAGCCCUGCCUCUCCACUGCUAGAUGGAACCUGGAAUCUCUCAUCUACCUCUUAGUCGGUCAGUUUCUACGUGUGAGAAGCAAGCUUGUGGGCCAGUGUCCUUGUACAUGCUGUAGCACUUAAAAAAUAAUUCCAGGGUUCCCUGGAAAGCCAGUCCCAGGGUUCCUAUGAUCUGUAGUUUCUACCUGGAUUAUAACUGGUAUUGGGUACCUGAAUUUUGAUUGGUUAGCCUUAAUUAUAGUCUGGCGUGAUCAUGUAGAAUCUUUUCUGGUGAUCAGAUCAUAGAGUUCUAUCAAGGCAUCCAUGUCAGUGGUGCUAUGCUGGUUACAACUUGAGAUUUUGAAAUAAAAAAUUUGUCAUA